AUGCCGCUAGAUCGAGGCCGCGCCUCUCGAGCGUGCGCCUCAUGCAGAAAACAAAAGACGCGCUGCUAUGAGCCUGGAGUGCCCGGUAAAGCCUGUCUACGAUGUGAAAGGCUUCAUCAGAGAUGCUCCCUGGUCCAAGUUGAUGAUGACGAGGAGGAACCGGCCCCUCCUGCGUCAGGUACAGGUGCUCGGCUGGAGCGCCUUGAAAAAACCGUGGCAACUUUGCUUGACAGGCUGGGAGAGACUCCGAACAAUGCCGACCAUGUGUCGAGCAGACCUGCAAGCGCACUAACUACCCCGGAUCCCGGCGACCAAACUUUACAGGACACGGAAUCUUCCGCGGCUCCAAUCAUGGUCAUCCGUGAUUUAGCCACCGAUUCAGGCGUUAAGUCUUCUCCUGAUACGAAAUCGCUGGAGACAGUGCUGGAUGAUCUCAUCGCGCCUGACCUGGCUUUAACCCUUGUCGCGAUUUUCAUCGAGUAUUAUGGUCGUUGGAUUUCAUUCGACCCAGAAAGCGAUCCGGUCGUUCUAUUACCCCGCGUAAGGAGGUCGCCUUUACUAUUCUGCGCAUGCUGCUUGAUCGCAGUGCGGCAUACUUCCGAAGGGCUAGCUGCGAGCCUCGCCCCGAAGCUCUACGAGUGUGCCAAAUCAUUGGCCUCAAGCACGCUCUUGACUGCACCGCAGUAUAUUGAAUUCUUUCAGGCGACCCUGAUUCUAUGCAUGUGGUCAACGACUGUAGGGCAAGUCCCCUUGAGCAUUGACAGUUGGCUUCUGAGUGGCUUUGCUUUGCAACAUUGUCAAUCCAGUCCCUUGUUCACCGCAAUCUCAUCUCAGUCUCAGCAGCCUGUACUAAUGGAUGAGAGAACAUUGGAUCGCUGCUGCUUAUGGAACCAUUUGUGUUUGGCGCAUCUGCACUAUUGUGUCGGAACUAGUCGCCGGUCUAUGUUGCAGGCGUGGCAGAUUGAACGUUGUCGUGUCAUAAUUGGCUCGGAUCAUGCGAUUAAUUUUGAAGUGCGUAUGGUGGCUGAGAUUUAUCUUUAUUGGACUGUUUAUGAAAAUCUGAUUGAGGAGUCCGUCGAUCUGCUCAGGUCGGUGGCCGCUUUACAAGCAUGGAGGAGACGAUGGGAGUUCGUUCUUGAGCAGCCAAGAUCCCAAUUUCUCAUGAUGGGAUUCCAUUUCUCAAACCUACUCCUAUACGAGCACGCUCUCAAGUCAAGGGCUGCGCAAGCCCGCGAGUCUCUUGUCUCAGAAAUGAUCCGCCAUUCAACAACCAUUGUCCACGUCGCCAUGGAUACAGUCGAUGAGCGCACUCGCCACUUGAGUGACCACAUAUACCACAUGAUUACUUUCGCAGCGAUCAUCAUCUGCCGCUUGCUCAAUAGCUACGAAGAACAGCUGAGCACGACCUUCAAUAUCGAGGAGCUAGAUGCUCUGAUCCAAGACCUUGUCCAGUGGCUUCAUUCAAUUGGAUUGCCAUGUCAUGCCGCACAUACACUGGGCAAUAUAAUCGCCAAAGUCCACCAGAAGCUCCGUCCCCGUGUGGAGAAGACGCCUUUACCUGCAUUUGUUGAAGACCUGCCAGAAGAGAGUUUUACGAAUUACUACUUCCCUGAAUUUUUGGGUCUGGGAACCUCGGCUGAUGGAAAUUGGGAUUUGCUAUCUGACUUGAGCUUUUUCCCGCAAAGCCCAACCAAUUCGUGA